GAGCUGCAACCGAUCGGCACUGCUCGCCGCCAGGCUCAAUUAGACAGACUGUUUCAGAAGCGGGUGAACGCGUUGGAGAAGCAGAAAUGGAAGAUACAAUUCGGUGAUCAAGCGGUGGCGGUCCAGGACCUGGUGAAUGGUCUCUUCGAAAAGGUCUUGGUGAUAAAGGGACUUGUUGAUACGGCUGCCAGCGCCAGCCCUCCAGCAGCGCUGGCUUGUGCUGGCCUAUCAGUCAUAUUCAUGCUCGCUUUGCAAGCAACCAGUCAACAGGCGAUUCUUCUUCAAACUUUAGACUAUACCUCGAGUUUGAUGUGUCGCUUCCAGGUGAUCGAAGAUGUUUACCGCUCCGGGGAGCAUGCUCCGGUUUCUACGCCAGGGCACCAAGCCGAUCUGCUGCAAAAGUUCGAAGAUCAUUUGACCGACUUAUACGCUGCCAUCCUCGAGUUCCAGGCCCGUGCACUGCAAUAUCUUGGGAAACGCAGCAUUGCACGGCUGUUGGGCGACGCUUUCGAACACGAAGGGUGGGAUGAUAUAUUGCAGAACAUCAAGUCUCUCGAGGUAGAUACAGAGAAAGACGCUCAGAUAAUCGGGGCUGCGAAUGUGGAUCAGCGACUCAGGGCGAUCCAAAGUACGCAACAAUACGAAAGCACGCGUCAGAUGUUGAUCGAUCGUGACAAAAAGGUCAUGAAACUCCUGCGUACUCUGUAUACCUCUCCAUACAAAGACCGGAAAGAUCGAAACGAUGAUCGAGUGCCUGGCACAUGCGAAUGGUUCACACAUCAUUCUCUAUUUGAGAGCUGGCAUCAAACCGAAGGCUCUAGUCUGCUAUGGGUUUCAGCCGAUCCUGGAUGCGGCAAAUCUGUGUUGGCCAGGUACCUCGUGGAUGACUUUCUCCCCGCCAGGAAGGAAGCCACAAUAUGCUACUUCUUCUUCAAGGAUGAUUUCUCGGAUCAGAACACUGCCGCCAGCGCAAUCAGUGCAAUUGUGCGCCAGGUUUUCCUGUCCAACCCACAGUUGCUGCGGGAUUCCAUACUGGCCAAGUUCGGCACGGACGGUGAUAGGUUGACCAAGUCCUUCGAUGAUCUCUGGUCUAUCUUUACCAGUCUGGUGACGGACCCAUGCCUCGGUGAGGUUAUUUGCGUCUUGGACGCCCUCGAUGAAUGCGAGAAAGUGGGCCGCGGCCGUUUGAUUGAAGAGCUUGUCCGUUCUUCUCAGGGAGGCUUGGGAACUGGCAAUGUGAAGUUUCUCGUCACCAGCCGGCCAUAUCUCGAUAUCUACCGGGAAUUCCAAGGUGCCCAAGGGGACCUGUCAAUGAUUCAUCUCAGUGGUGAAGGCGAGGAGGAGAUCGACCAAAUCUCCAAGGAGAUCAAUCUUGUUACUCAGAAACGGGUCGAGGACAUUGCUCGCGAACGUGGUCUCACCUCCAAACAAUGCCAGAUGUUACUAGACGAACUCCUGCCGGUGGUCGACCGUACUUACCUCUGGGUCACCCUAACUAUGGAUGUCAUCCGAACUACUCCUGGCUUCACAAAGGGAAAUAUUCGGGCGGCAGUGAGUCAGCUUCCUUCCACAGUUGAUGACGCCUACGAGAAAAUCCUCAGUCGAAGCCCAGCGCCUGAGCGAGCAAAAACCAUCUUGCAGACUAUUCUUGCCGCAGAACGUCCGUUAUCCGUGAACGAACUCGCUUUGGUGUUUGCCUGCGACCAAGCUUUCAAGGAAUCUGUAGACCUUGAAGACUACUUGGAGACUGCGGAGGAUUUCAAACAAACUCUUCGGCAGAUUUGUGGUCUUUUUGUAGUCGUCAUUCACUCACAAGUAUACUUGCUCCACCAAACAGCCAGGGAGUUUCUAGUCCGAUCAGAAUACACGCCUCCUUUGGACCCCAUUGCUAGGACACCCACUUGGAAAGGCUCGAUCGAUCUCCAGGACUCGAACCGACUACUAGCCGAGGUCUGCGUACGGUAUCUUGCAUCUGAAAAACACCAGGAACUGGACACACUCGAGGGAUACGCGACACGGAACUGGGCAACGCAUUUCAGUUCAUGUACAAUCACCUACGAGGACCCCAUUACACCCUUGGCACGAGAGCUCUGUUCCUCAGACUGUCAUGCAGCUCUCGAGUUCGCCUUUCAAUCCGGCCUCUCUUCUGUGGUUGAAUAUCUGAUCAAGGUCGAAAAAGCCGGUGUCGGGCCUCCAAGCCUUAUGGGCCGCACAUUCCUGGCGAGCCGCGCCGAGGAAGGACGUGCAGAUCUGGUUCAGAUGAUCUUUGAGUAUGCCAUUGAUGUGACUUCCGGUAGUGCAUCUUGGGCCAUUCCACUGCGACUAGCCGUCAUAAAUGGGCAUGUGGGAGUAGUAAAGAUGUUCCUCGAGAGCGGUGUAAAUCUCGCUCCGAGAAACGGAUUAAGGGAUACAUCCAUCUGUUACGCGGCAUUUGAAGGAAACACAGAAAUCCUGGAACUCCUGCUCAGCCAUGGGGCUGAUGUCAAUACUCGAGAUUUACUGGGCAGGACCCUACUAUCCCUAGCGGAAGGCCAUGACGCUGCCUGUCGGUUGCUUAUUAGCUCCGGU